AUGGUGGUGAACGUGUGGCCGUUUCUAGAAGCCAAUAGUCGGGCAUGGGAGGUGCUGACACGUGGCGGAUCCGCACUGGACGCGGUGGUGGAAGGAUGUAACGUGUGCGAGGUGCUUCAGUGCGAUGGAUCAGUGGGGUAUGGAGGAAGUCCGGACGAGAAGGGGGAAACAACACUCGAUGCCAUGGUUAUGGAUGGGGACUCCAUGGACGUGGGGGCAGUGGCCGGCCUGCGCCGAGUCAAGGCGGCAGUGCGGGCGGCGUAUCUUGUCCUCUUGCACACGUACCACUCGCUGCUGAUCGGCGACGCAGCAACGGACUUCGCCCUGGAAAUGGGCCUGGCCGGCCCGGAAGAUCUCUCCACCAAUCGCUCUCUCGCCAUGUGGCGCCAAUGGAAGGCCGCCAGCUGUCAGCCCAACUAUUGGCGCAACGUGACGCCUGAUGCCGCCCGUUACUGCGGCCCCUACCGCCCGGCCACUGCUCCAGGAUCACAUGCUUCCGAACCAAGCGGUGGUGCCACGGCCGAGCCUCAGGGGGCCGAAGCAGGUGCCGGACCUGGUGGUGCCGGACCUGCAGCCGGACCUGGUGAUGUGCGCGUGGGGUGUGAUCCACGUCUUGUUGGCCGGGAGCAAGGCUUGUUGAGGAGGCGAAACCGCCUGGCAUCACACGACACCAUCUCCAUGGUUGCCAUAGCACAGAACGGCAGCAUGGCUGCAGCGACAUCCACCAACGGACUCACCUUCCACAUCCCUGGGAGGGUGGGUGAUGCACCCAUAGCAGGGGCAGGAGCAUAUGUGGACUCCAGAGUGGGGGGCUGUGGGGCAACAGGAGAUGGUGACGUCAUGAUGAGGUUCCUGCCAUGCUUUCUAGCAGUUGAGCUCAUGCGAAUGGGCUCUACCCCAGCCUCGGCUGCCGAAGCUGCCAUCAGUCGCAUCCGAGCCAAGUUCCCAACCUUUCAGGGAGGCUUGGUGGCGGUCAACAGGUUUGGGGAGCACGGAGCAGCGGUGAACAACUGGGUGCUACAGUACACUACGGAGGUCGCAAACCUUGGAGUUGAACCGACGGCCGAUGACAAGCCGACCGUCGGGACGGAGUAUGAGGCGCGUGAAGUGAGGGAGGAGGAGAUAGGAGCUGAUAGAGAAGGCGAAGUGAGCGUAAAAGCUUCUAAGGAAAAGCAGGGAAGAACCGAGGAAGUUGGGGGUAAGAGGCGUGGGAGGAGAGCAGGCAAUGCGAAGGCAAGAAGCGAAGGGAGCGGGAGUAAGAGCGGAGAGGGGGAAGCAUCCGAGGAGGAAGAGGAGGCUGUGGCAGUGAUUGCUCAAGUGCUGAUGAAGAAAUACGGACCUCAGAUAGUGAAAGAGGAGGAUGAGGGGCUUGGGAACGGAAGGAGUGGGGGAUGGGAGGAGAUUGAAGGAGGGGAAGCAUCGGAUGCAGCAACGGUGGCGGCGGUGGCGGCGGUGGCGGCAGCGGCGGCGGUCGAGGAGGAAGUUGGAAUGGACACAGAAAUGCAGGAUGAGGAAGUAGAAGCAGAAGCGAGUGAGGAAGGUAUACCAAGCAUGCCAUCUCGUCCUCGUGCCACCUCUCGCUCCUCCCUCCUCUCCCUCUACCGCUUCUUCUCCUCCCACCUCGGCAUCUCCUCCCCUUCCACUAUCGCUUCCCUCCUCGCUUCCAAUCCCCAACUCCUCCGCUCCAACCCCACCAAUGACCUCGUUGUUGACUAG